AGGGACACCUCCUGGGAAGGCAAGCAAUGAGCCUUCUUCGCCCGUCGAGGCGUUUGCUCUGCUGUUGGAUGGCACUGACGUUCCUCAAGGCAGCGCUCUGCCAGCCAGAAUGCCAGUCUGGAGGACACCAGAUCCUUGAUAGUCCGUAUAGAAGUGUUAAUUUUGAUUCAUCACAGCUUCAGCAGUCGGCUAUUCAGGAUGUAAUAUGUGAUCAUUCACUGACAUCAGGAUGGUAUCGCUUUGUGAUUUUUGAUAAACCAGCUGAAAUGCCUACCAAGUGCGUGGAGGUGAAUCACUGUGGAACACAAGCUCCUGUCUGGUUGUCUCUGGGAGAGUCAGAAUCCAUGCCUCAACCUGGUGAAAUCAAGCACUUAACAGCAUGUGCAACUUGGCGGGUUUUUUUCAGCACUGCAGAAGACUGCUGCCUUUUCCGAAUUCCUGUCAGUGUGAGGAACUGUGGGGAUUUCUUCAUAUACUUGCUCCAGCCUACCCAGGGGUGCAUGGGAUACUGCGCAGAAGUGAUUUCAGAUCCAAAACCCCAUGACUGCCAAUCUGGGGACACUGGGACACAAACCAUCUGUAGCAGUAAAUUUCCUCCUUCACAAUUGUUACUUCCAUUGCCGCCACCUCCAAGCAUACCUGAAAUUGUGGCAGAGUUAGUUGAAGAUACUGUUUUCUUAAGGUGUACCUUUGAUGUACUUACUGUAAACACCUCAGUGGGCUUUGUUGUGGUUUGGUCCAGACUGUCUCCUGAAGGCAUCAAGGAAGAACUGAGACAAGAGACAACAGUUGAAACAUUCUCAGUUUUAGAACUGGAUGGUAUAAACCUCAGACUUGGAGAUAGGAUUUACUGUAGCAGUUCUGCCUUUUUCUUAGAGAAACCAGAAAUGCGAAGCCCACAUACUGAGAGCGAGGAAUUUUUUGCAGGAAUUAAGCUGCAUCCUGAGGCAUUUACUAUAUCUGAAGAUGGAAAGCAAUAUAGGCUUACAGCAGAAAGCAAAAUUCCCAUUCCUUGUCCUAAAGAAGGCCAGCUUGGAGAUGACUGCAAAAUCUCAUUAAAAUUAAACACCAUAGAAGAAGGUAAAGACCAGCAUAGCUUAAACUUGGUACUGUCUUCUUGCCUUGUGGACCUCUUUCAGCAUCCCUGCUACAAUAAAACCUGUAGCCAGGCUAGUGUUUAUUUUGCUGCUGUGUCUGAUUUCAUUCAAGAUGGAGACAGAGUAACCAGGAUUGUGGUGGACCCUAUCAUCAGUGACAGUUUUCUGUGGAAUAAUUACAUGCCAGAAAGCAUUUGGGUUACUGUGAAGGAUUUGCCCUCUGCUUAUUGCUACUCUUUUACUGACCCACAUAUCAUUACAUUUGAUGGCAGAGCAUAUGACAAUUUUAAAACAGGAACAUUUGUGCUAUACAGAAGUAACCUGCGUGAUUUUGAAGUCCAUGUACGUCAGUGGGACUGUGGAAGCCUUUACUACCCAGCAUCAUGCAACUGUGGCUUUGUUGCCAGAGAAGGGGCUGAUAUAAUAGCGUUUGACAUGUGCAGUGGCCAACUUCAUGACUCGCAGCCCCACUUAUCCAUAAAAAGCAGAGACUCUCCAGACAGCUAUGUCAGGAUCACUGAAUCUUACCAAGGAAGGAAAGUAACAAUUUCAUUUUCUUCUGGAGCUUUUGUUCGAGCCGAUGUGAGUGAAUGGGGAAUGAGUCUGACACUCAGAGCCCCCAGCUCAGAUUAUAAACACACGCUGGGACUUUGUGGAACAUUUGAUGGCAAUUCAGAGAAUGAUUACCACGAUGUGGAUGGAACUGAAAUCUCAGGAGGAACUGAUGCUUAUCUAACUUUUAUUAACGAAUGGAGAAUUGCACCAGGAGAGAGCCUCUUUGACAAAACACCAUCUCCUUUAACUUCAGCCAAGAAAAUAUUUUUCUGCAGUUGCGGUGCGGGUGGCAUGGGAGCAGAUGAGCCAAUGAACAAACUGAAGUUUUUUUCAGAAGCAGGAUUUGCUUUGUCUUGUAAAAGAACUGAGCAACAUGCUUGGCUUCCUUCUUUGAUCCCAGGGCUGGAUGUUACAGCUGAGUAUAUUAGCUCUGUUGAUCAUGUCAGGGGCUUAAGUAAGCGUGCCUCUGUGCCUGAAGAGGAUUCCUCUGCUCCUCACUCAAGAGAAGUACAUUCGCUUAAUCAAACUGCUCUUCAGACGGCAUCCCCGAAGCACCUAGUCGUCUUUCCAAACUCUAAGAGCAGCACUAAAACAAAUAAACAAGAAAUUCUGCACUCCAUGGCCUACAACCAUGCUAACAAAUAUCAACAGCAGCUCAGAAGACUGUCUGUCAGAAAUCGCCAAAAGCGGCAGCAUUAUUAUGAAUACCAUCCUGUAUUUCCAUCCCAGAGUCUGAGCCAAGCAGAUCUAGAUGGAUUUAGUUAUUUCUUCCCUGAAGAUCACACAGCUGACACAUACCAAGAGCCCUUGUACUCAUGGCCGACACCUUCUGGUCUCACUGAAUCUGAUGCAAUGGGUCUGUGCCAGGAGAUGGUCACUAAUUCUAGCCUAGGCAGAGCCUGCCAGGCGCUGCUUGGCCUUCAGAUGGACAAUGCAAUACACAUGUGUGUCAAGGAUUUGCAACUGAAGGAUGAUCUCAACUGGGCAAAGGCAUCUUUGGCGCUCUUGGAAAAUGAAUGUGAAAAGAGGGUUUGGGAAGAAAUUAAUUACAGCCCAAAAGAAAAUGAAGGGUUCAUUGAGGAUUUGCUCUUAGCUUUGAAAUGUCCCAACCUUUGCAGCCAGAAAGGCCAGUGUGUCGAGUGGGGCUGUGCAUGCUUUGAAGACUUCACGUCUUAUGACUGCAGUAUGUUGUCUGAUCAGGUUCCAGAAAUCAUAGAGCUAGAAAAUGGAGGAUUGUGUGAUAUUCGGCAGUAUGACUGCACAACCGUAAGAGCUUUUGGCCAUGGAUUUCGAGAGUCUCCUGGCCUGAGAUGUGAAAUUAACAAAUUGCAGUCCAAUGAUAACAAAUGGGUCCUUGGAGAAUCUGAAUUUAUCAACGGUGUCUUCCAUAAUACCAGGACGAUUGAUUGCCACCUAUCAGCUGAAGGACAGCAUUUUGAUACUAUGGAUCUGGUAGAUGACAAAACAAUUGCAAGGUGGCAAAUUAAGAUUUCUAAUGAUGGGAUUACUUAUAGCAACCCUAAAAUAGUGACUUUAUUUGAUGGAGCUUGUCAGUUAUGCAGUGCUCAGUUGGAUGGAUUGUGCAUGUUAAAGGAGAAAACUUGUACCAUAGAUGGACUUUGUUAUGGCGAAGGUGACACAAAUCCUCUGAGCCCUUGCUUACUCUGCAGACCUGAAGUGUCAAAGUUCACUUGGUCAAUUGCUGAAAAUAACCAACCUCCUGUAAUUCAAAAUCUUCAAGAAAAACUGCAGACAUUUUAUGGGGAGAACUUUGUGUAUCAGAUCAUGGCCACAGACCCAGAAGGUUCUGCCAUUGCCUUUUCACUAAAUUCUGGGCCCUCAGGUGCCAGUCUUUCUCCCGCUGGACUUUUGAUAUGGAAGGCAGUGUCAAAAACAACUCAGCAGUUUUCUUUUGCUGUGACAGAUGACUGCAGUGCUGAAGCCAGUGGAACAAUACAGGUCACGGUGAAACCAUGUGACUGUAUAAACGGUGGGUCUUGUGUGACAAAUGUCAGUUUUCCUCCUGGAAGUGGGAAAUAUAUUUGCAUCUGCUUGCCAGGGUUUGAGGGUGAUCUUUGUCAAGUGAACAUUGAUGACUGCGCAUCCAGUCCUUGUGGCCUCGGCAGAUGUUUUGAUGGAAUAAAUAGCUACCACUGCGAAUGUACAUCUGGACUGCAGGGCAGGCAUUGCCAAGGAGAUAUUGAUGAGUGCAAAUCAAGGCCCUGCUUCCCUGGUGUAGUUUGUUUCAACACUGUUGAUUCCUAUUAUUGUGGCCCAUGCCCUGAAGGCCUUCACGGAGAUGGGGAAGUAUGCUACGUUGAAAUCAAAUCAACAAGUGAAGUUCCAUCUCAUCCUUUGACUCCUGAAGAUGUUUACAGCAGAAAAGGUGACCAUAGUGAUGGAUACACAGUUGUUGGUGCCCAUACUGAUGAAAAUGUCUCUGGCAAACAGUAUACUGCUUCCACAGGAACAGGGUCUAUAAAAAUGUUGCCGCAUACUAUGUGGGAGAGAAUGGUGAUGGGAAGACUUUGGUGUCAAAUGAAGAUAGCAGAGAACAGGGAAAGCUUCCUGCAACAUUCCACUACAGAGGUUCCAAAUACUGCAGAAUUUCCAUCUAAUCCUGCAGAUGUUCCUGGAAGUUUUAUUCCCACAGAAAUAGCCAAGAGCACUUCACCAGCUUCUAUACCUCAGACAACUGUAUCUUCAAAGUUGCUCGUUUCACAGAGAACAGCUUUUAGAAAUCCUGUUAGGAGCGGAUUUCUUGAUUAUUCAGUUGAUGUCAGUACUGCAAACACAUAUUUUGGUACCACAGGCAAAAGCUCUGUGACCAAUUCUGUGCCCAACAUGUCAUUUAGGAAUACUGCAGUAUCUGCUGGGAGGACCACAAAGACACCACUAGCACCGGUGGAGAGAUCUCACUCUCCUUUAGGGGCCAGCAUAAUACUGAACAGCAAAAUGAACACCAUCAAUGGGACCUUACUAACAAACAAAGAACCAGAAGGAAGAAGUGAUGGCAAGUUUCAAAGCUCAUUUGGCAAGCAUAGAGACAACUCCAUACAGUCCAUCUUUGAGAUGUUUGCUGUGCCACCCAAAGGGUCUGGGACAAGUAAAGAAUUAGAUGCAAUGGCAGUCCCACAAUUAGUAACCUGUGCAGAUUCACCCUGUUUUCCUGGUGUUCCUUGUGAAUCCAAUGAAGAAGGGAGCUUCAAAUGUGGUCGUUGCCCUUUUGGCUAUUUUGGAGAUGGUGCCGUAUGUAUAGCGAUAUGCAGGCAUCCAUGUGGUAAAAACAUGAAAUGUGUGGCACCCAAUACCUGUCGAUGCAAAUCUGGAUAUUCAGGUCAUGGUUGUCAGGUUGCACUUUGUCAACCAGCGUGUAAAAACCAUGGGAAAUGUAUCCAGCCUAAUGUAUGUGAAUGUCUCCCAGGAUUCAGUGGAUCCAUCUGUGAUGAAGCCCAUUGUGAUCCACCUUGCCAACAUGGAGGGACGUGUCUAACUAAAAACCUUUGCACUUGCCCAUAUGGUUUUGUAGGUCCACGAUGUGAAACAAUGGUAUGCAACAGGCACUGUGAAAAUGGUGGUGAAUGUCUUACUCCAGAUGUCUGCCAAUGCAGAGUUGGCUGGUAUGGACCCACAUGUAGUACAGCGGUGUGUGACCCAGUAUGCCUCAAUGGUGGAUUGUGCAUUAAACCAAAUACUUGUCUUUGUCCCAAAGGAUUUUUUGGUGCCUAUUGUCAAAAUGCUGUCUGUAACCCACCGUGUAAGAAUGGUGGUCAUUGUAUGAGAAAUAAUGUUUGCAGUUGUCCUGAUGGCUACAUCGGAAGGAGAUGUGAAAAAAGUAUCUGUGACCCAAUGUGCAUCAAUGGAGGGAGAUGCGUGGGCCCAAAUGUUUGCUCUUGCCCUUCAGGAUGGAGGGGCAAAAGAUGCAACACUCCUAUAUGCCUUCAGAAGUGCAAGAAUGGAGGAGAAUGUAUUGGGCCAAGUACUUGCCAUUGCCCUCCAGAAUGGGAAGGAAUUCACUGUCAAACACCUGUAUGCAACCGGAAGUGUCUGUAUGGAGGCACAUGUAUACGGCCUAAUGUAUGUUCUUGCCGUCCUGGCUAUACUGGAGUCAUCUGUGGGAAAAAAAUCCGGGUACAAGGACAUCGUGCUUGAAGAACCAAUAUCUGGAUCACAUAAUCAUGCUUCAUGGACCACCGGGUUCUUGAAUGUAGAGAGGUUUUCCCAAGGCACCAUUUCAUAAAGGGCACAAUCUGGCCCCUUCUUCAAAAGGACAAAACACAGAGAAGCUCCACAUUAGAGUUUAUUAGAGCUGUCCCCUUUUCCCACUUUGCUAGCCCCUGCACUGGAAAUAUCACUGCUAUGCUGGGUGUCCUUCAACCUUCCCAUCUAUUCAUGCUAAGCAGAACC